GGGUUUCGGGCCUACUUCCGGUGGAGCCUGGGCCAGGGGCCUGCAGUGGCCAAGCUGAGGGCCACAGCUGAAGUUUGGGGAUGGCAGGCGUGACGGAGGAGGCGAGCCUUCGCGAGGAACUGACCUGUGCCAUUUGCUGUGAUCUGUUCACUGACCCGGUGAUGCUGGAGUGUCUGCAUCACUUCUGCAAGGAGUGCAUUCAGCGCUACUGGGCCUCCUGCCCUCGUGUCGCCUCCUGCCCCCAGUGCCGCCGGGAGGUCCCCGGCCGGGCCUUUCGCAGGGAUUUCUUGGUGUCUGGGGUCGUGGAGAAGGUAAAGAAAUGCUGUGUGGAAGAACACCAGAGAGAGAGGCAGAAACAGCUGGAAGAAGCCCUACAGUUCCACCAGAGCGAGAAGGAGAAUUGCCUGAAGAUGAAGCACAAAGCUGAGAAGGAUCUCUACCACAUCACUAAAAGCUCCGGAGAGCUGACCUGGAAAGUGCGGGCAGCGUUCGAGCGCCUGCAUCGGAUCCUGGAGGCCCAAGAGAAAGAAGCGUUGCUGGAGCUGAGCAAGGAGGAGGAGGAGGCCGUGGUGAGGCUGCAGGGCCGCAUCCGGGAGUUGGAGCGGGACCUGUGGGAGCUGGAGAGGAAGAUACAGGGGAUGCAGCAGGCCCUGAAACGGCCGGCCCAGCAGGAGGACACCAGCAGUGCCAGACCCACGCUCCCCCGGGGGUCCCAGCCACCCUUCAGCCUGCAGCUCCAGGAGAACAAAUACGUGGGCCCCCUGCAGUACAUAUUCUGGCGGCAGAUGCUGCGGUCUGUCCAUCCAGCUCCCGCCCCUCUGACCCUGGACCCGGACUCAGCCCACCCGAGCCUGGUGCUCUCUCGCGACCUGACGGCGGUGACGGAGGGAGGCUGGCCGCGGGUGGGACGCAGGAGCCCCCACCAGUUCCGCCAGUGCGUCAACGUGCUGGCCGCCCAGAGCUUCAGCGACGGCAGCCACUACUGGGAGGUCUGGGUGGGCGGGAAGACCAAGUGGGACCUGGGGGUGGCGGCAGAUUGGGUUGACCGGACGGCCCGGGUCCAGCUGUGCCCGGAGAAGGGCUACUGGGCCCUGCGGCUGAGGAACAGGGAUGAAUACUGGGCCGCCGCCACGCCCCGGGUGCGCCUGAACCCCAAGUCCCGCCUCAGGAAGCUGGGGGUCUUCCUUGACUGUGAGGAGAAGAGGGUGGCCUUCUACAACGCCGAAGACAUGUCUCAUCUCUUCUCCUUCCACGGUGCCCUCGCCCCGCGCCUCUGCCCCUUCUUCAGCACCUGCUUCAGCGACAGUGACGAGAACAGCGAACCCAUGCGCAUCUGCCACCUGGUCCUGUAGUUCCCUUCCCGCCCCGGCCCCGAGCCGUCUUCGGAGAUGCCGGGGGAAGCCGCCCGAGCUCCUGGCCCACGACCCCCUGGACGAACUGGGCCGGGGAUGAGUCCGGAACUAGGGCGGAUCACCCACCCCAACUGGGGCCUAGCGCGAACCUCCCCCGCCAAUCCCGCCCGGCCGGCUCUGCCCUCACUCAGACCUGCCUUUCCAGCCCUUGGGGAUGGACGGAUAAGCUUCCCGAACUGCAAGGUGACAGACUUCCUCGGCCACCGGGCUGGCGGGCCUCUGACACCGUGUGCCUUUCUUGGGCUCCUACGUGCCCCCCGCACGCUCUCUUCGCGUGACCUCCUCGCCGCCAUCCGUUUUGGAGCUUGUGGGCGGGCGGUGAGGGGAAGUGAGCGGAGAGGGAGGGGAGGAAAGUCCUUUUGUGAAGGCUCUGCUUUUUCCGCCCUCUGCAUCCGUGGUCAUUCCCAGAUAGUGACCGGGACCAGGGCUCUCAGUCACAAAGUAACUGUCCUGCCCGCCAUCCCUCACCCCUUUCAGUUGCCCAGUCUGGGCAGUUGUGGCCUUAGCUUUAGGUAGUUUUGGUGGGAGAGGGAUAAGUGGGACUACUGACUGGCUAUUUGCAAAAUGCUGGGACUGAAGAAGAAUAAAGGUGGAAUUCCCUGCCC